UUACUGAAGUGUCAUUCAAAUUAGGUUAUGUAGUGUAGUCAGAUUUUUAUUCCCAAUCCACCUAGGAAAAUUUUAAUCUAUUAUAUAUAAUGGAAACGUUAAACGGAAGUGACGAAUAGAAAAUUAUCCCAUACCAAAUUUAUCAAGUUACUGAUAAUAAUAAAAGCAUCUAAAUUUGAAGAUAUUUAAACACCUUUUUACAUCAAUUUCGAACGUAAAAUGGAAUAUAUUAGCCCGGAAAACGUUUUGAAAUUCCUAGAUCUAGUUCACAGACUGAAGCAUAGUAGUAGAAGAGGUUGGGAGCUUUGUCAAGUGAACAAUCACGAACAAAUAGCGAGUCACAUGUACGCAAUGGGAAUUAUGACUUUUUUACUAGGAAACGAUUCCCAAUUAGAUAGAUUCAAAUGUUUACAACUGGCUCUGGUACACGAUUUAGCCGAAUGUAUCGUCGGAGAUAUCACACCUCACGAUAAUAUCUCGGAAGAAAAGAAACACGAAAUGGAAGAUGAGGCAAUGAAAGAAUUGACGAGUUACGUGGGAAGUGAAAUAGGAUCGUUAAUUUAUAAUCUUUAUAAGGAAUACGAAGCUAAAGAAACACCGGAGGCUAAAUUUGUUAAGGAUUUGGAUAGAUUCGAUAUGCUUUUCACGGCGGCUCAUUACGAAAGUAGAGAUCAAACCCCGAAGAAAUUACAAGAAUUUUUUGACGCAACCGAAGGUAAAUUCAACCAUCCCUACAUUAAAAAAUUGGUGGAAACAUUGGAACAAAGAAGAAAGAAGGAAAUCGUUUCUAUUGAAAAUUCAAAGUGAAUUUAAUGGUUACCUAUUAUUGUGUUCAUUUUUAUAGAUUUUUUAUAUAAUUUGAGUUUUGAAAAUAAAGUUUAAGUUAUCAGUUUUAAUUUGGAAUAAUACAUUCAA